GUUCAUCAGGCUUCCUGUGUUUUGAUCUCUGUGCUCCUCAGGUAUCACGGUCAAAUUGGUGCUAAUCUUAUACUGGGAGGAGUAGAUUGCACUGGGAAUCACCUGUACACAGUGGGACCAUAUGGAAGUGUAAAUCAGGUGCCUUACCUUGCAAUGGGAUCUGGUGAUCUGGCUGCUCUUGGGAUCCUAGAGGACGGGUUCAAACCCGAUCUAGAGAUGGAAAAGGCAAAGGAGCUUGUGCGUAAUGCCAUCCACGCAGGCAUCAUGAGUGACCUCGGCUCAGGCAACAACAUCGACAUCUGUGUCAUCACCAAACAAGGAGUGGACUACAUCAGGCCGUACCAGGAGUCAGAGUACAAAGACAACAGGAAAAUGAAAUACAGAUAUCGACCAGGUACAACACCAGUUCUGACAGAGAAAGUCGUCCCCUUAAAGCUGGAGGUUGUACAGGAGACUGUGCAGCAGAUGGAUACAGCCUGACCUACUACACACUAUCACACCACAUGAAUACCACAACAUUCAUCAGUGAACGUCUUUAAUUCGUAUUACAUUUGUUAUUCACUAGAAUUCAAAUAUAAGCAGUGAAAUAUCUCGGACAUUUUAUUAACACUGUCAUCAUGGUUUCUACUCCGCUGCUAUGCUUCACUGUGAUGUGGAGUAGUUGAGAAACUCUGUGAUACUGCAGAGGCACUGACCACAGCAAGCAGGAAGACUGUAACGUGUUUUUAU